CCACUCCUGCCCCAUGGAUUCCCCCCACAAGAAGAAGAAGAUCCCGGCCCGGAGGAAAUGGGAGGUCUUCCCGGGAAGAAACAAGUUCUUCUGCAACGGGAGGAUCAUGAUGGCCCGGCAGACGGGCGUCUUCUACCUGACGCUCGUCCUCAUCCUGGUCACCAGCGGGCUCUUCUUCGCCUUCGACUGCCCGUACCUCGCAGUGAAAAUCACGCCUGCCAUUCCUGUGGUUGGUGGCAUCCUGUUCUUCUUCGUGAUGGGGACCCUGCUUCGCACCAGCUUCAGUGACCCCGGCGUCCUCCCGCGAGCCACGCCUGAUGAAGCCGCCGACCUGGAAAGGCAAAUAGAUAUCGCAAACGGCAGCAGUUCGGGGGGGUACCGCUCGCCUCCCAGAACCAAAGAAGUCAUCAUCAAUGGCCAGACCGUGAAACUGAAAUACUGUUUCACCUGCAAGAUUUUCCGGCCCCCUCGUGCCUCUCACUGUAGCCUUUGUGAUAACUGCGUAGAACGGUUUGAUCACCACUGUCCCUGGGUAGGCAACUGUGUGGGGAAAAGAAACUACAGAUUUUUUUAUAUGUUUAUUUUAUCUCUGUCUUUUCUGACAGUCUUUAUAUUUGCAUUCGUUAUCACCCACGUCAUUCUUCGUUCACAGCAAACAGGAUUCCUUAAUGCGAUUAAGGACAGUCCCGCCAGAUAUCCUUUGUGGGUGUGGUGUGUGCAAGGCUCAGGCGUUACGCGUUGGACCGACCUCCUCCGUUACCCUUCACCCCGUGCCUUGGCUUGUCUUCCCGGCAAUCUGCUGGAGGCCGUGGUGUGCUUCUUCUCCGUCUGGUCCAUCGUCGGGCUCCUGGGCUUCCACACGUAUCUCAUCAGCUCCAACCAGACGACCAAUGAAGACAUUAAAGGAUCUUGGUCAAAUAAAAGAGGUAAAGAAAAUUACAACCCCUACAGCUACGGAAACAUCUUCACGAACUGCUGUGUUGCGCUGUGUGGGCCCGUCUCUCCAAGCCUCAUUGACAGAAGAGGGUACGUCCAGCCUGACACGCCUCAGCCAGCCGCGCCCUCCAACGGGCUGGCCACGUACGGAGCCACCGCCUCACAGAGCGACAUGUGCGACCAAGACCAGUGCAUUCAGAGCACCAAAUUCGUUUUGCAGGCCGCGGCCACGCCCCUGCUGCAGAGCGAGCCCAGCCUCGCCAGCGACGAGCUGCACCUGUCGGGGAAGCCGGGCCUGGGCACGCCCUGUGCCAGCCUGACGCUCGGGCAGCCCACGCCACCCUCCUCCAUGCCCAACCUCUCCGCCGAGGCCGGGCUCACAGACAUACUGCCCCUGAAAGAGGAGCACGUGGGCCACCAGUUCCUGACCCCGGAGGAGGCGCCCUCGCCGCCCCGGCUGCUGGCCGGCAGCCCCCUGGCCCACAGCCGCACCGCGCACGUGCUGGGCCUGGCCAGCCAGGAUGCGCUGCACGAGGACUCGGUGCGCGGCCUGGUGAAGCUCAGCUCCGUGUGACCGCGGCCCGGCCGGACUGCAGGCAGUGGGGGCCGACAGACUGCUCCCCGCAGCAACUUUCUGGUGACUCAGGGCCGUGGUGGCGAGGAUUCAGGCCCUGCGCACGGGGACCGCUGCCGAGCGCAUGGAUCCCCUCUCCCGCAGAGGCGAGCGGCCCAGAUGCUCCCAGCUUGGUGUGAUUGGCAUUUCUCCCCACCCCGACCGCUUUGAUGACGGUGAAAACAGGGAAGUCGCUAUUGUCAGGCCUUUGGAACGGGGAGGGCGUGGGGAUGGGGGAACCUGGGGUCUGUGAUCAGAGGCCCAAGGGACAGGACGUGCCCGGAUGUCAGUCGCACUGUCUGCUGCCACUCUCGGGACAGACACACAGAAGGCUUGCGAGACUGGUGGCCAGACUGAAAUUGCACUUCUUUGUUAUGCUACUAAUAUUUGAAAUAGACAUGCUAUUCCAUUUGUUAAUUUUUUUAAAAAAAAAAGUCGAAAGGACAAAAACAACCAGAUGUGAGCCUGCAUGCCACGCUCGUCCGUUCACGGUGGUGAUGGUCUGCAGACGGAAGCGCUGCCUUCUUCCUUUAAUUUUGUGAAUUUCCAAGUCCUGUUUCAUGGGAAGAUGGUGGGAGAGGAACCAAGACGAAUGGACAAUGCCACCCAUCGCCAGUUCAUUCAGCUUAAUUGUACCCGGGUCCGUGGUGCCUGGGCCGCAGAGGACUGCUGGGGGGUUAGCAAAUGGAGAAUCAGUUAACCUGUUCAGUAGUUAACCGAGGUUUUGUGUUGUGCCACACCCACCACACCUCCUUGUGUGACCAGACUUCCUGUGGACAGCCAAUAAAUGACGCCCUCUGUUAUUUUGGA